GACAUGGACCUUUCUGUUUUGCCCAAUAACAACCAUCCUGACAAAUUCCUGCAGCUUGACGUGAAGUCUUUAAUGAGAAGCCCGGCCUUUCUGCAGGCGAGCCUCGCGAGAUUUCCCAGUGGCAAUUAUCCUGCUGCACAACACUGGCAAAACCUCGUCUACUCACAGAGAGAAAAUAAUUUCACUACACAACGAAUUAAGGGAUUCAGCGUGGAGGUCCCACUUAUUGCCGAUAGCCCUCCCCCAUCUAUGUCCUCAGUCAUGAAGAAUAACCCACUAUAUAGUGAUAUAAGUUUGGAGGAAGCUAUGGAAGAAAGAAAAAAGAAUCCUUCAUGGACCAUUCAGGAAUAUGACAAACGUUCCCUGCAUUCAAACCUCUCUGGACAUCUGAAGGAAAACCCUAAUGAUCUACGGUUUUGGUUGGGAGAUAUGUACACACCAGGUUUUGACACCUUAUUGAAGAAAAAGAAGAAACGUGAUAAGCGAUCAAAAUUGUGUCACAUGGGUCUGAUCUUACUUCUUGUAACUUCUGUCUUGGUUACCAUAGUGACUAUCAGCACAUUUUUCACCUAAAGAGACUGUCACAGAUAG